AUGGAAAUUAUGAUUAAGGACUCAUUCUCAGUUUCUAGAACUACCAAUCAAGUACGUGAAUCUGAUGAUUUGGACGAUUUGGAUGAUUUAAUUAAUCGUACUGAAAAUAUCAAACUAAACUAUGAAACUGAAUCAGGUACAGACGAUGAAACUGAUUCAUCUUCUGAUGGAAAGGGAGAAUUUACUUCAGUUUCACUCAAUACACCUUCAGAUAAUAGAAAAUCCAACAGUUCCAGAAGAAUAAUCGAAUCAGAUUCCGAUAAUUCUGACGAGGAAAUUUCACUCAACACCACAACAGUGAAACCAAAUUCUUCCAACAACUCAACGGUCAACUCUGGAAAGAUUAUCCUCAAAGAUCACCACUCUGAUUCAGAUUCAGAUUCUGAACAAGAUGAUGAGGAAGAACUUGUUGGAGCAACCUUCUCAGUCAAACCAACAAUUUCACUCCAGCAGUCAACCAACUCUGUUUCACUCAAUUCACCAGGAUCUAAUUUAUCAACACCAUCCACCAAAAUCAAAACAAGAAUAAGCAAAACAUCAGACAAGACCAAACGUGUUAAGAAGAAUCAAUCUACAUUCAGAAGAAUGCAUCGACUUGUUGAAGGUCAAUUAGAAACUUUGGGCAUUGAAAUUGAAUAA